AUGACCCACAUACUGGAUGUUUACCGAGCAUCUCCCUCCGGUCAGAUUUAUCUUGACCAUAUCACCCGCCAACUAUCGCCUGACGAGGCACUCGUCGAAGUGACGCAUGCCAGUAUAUGUGGUACAGAUAGCAUCUAUCUACAUUCUCAGCAAGUCCUAGGCCAUGAGGGAAUCGGCAUAGUUAGGGCGAUCGGAGCCGAUGUGCGGAGCGUCCGCAUCGGCGACCGUGUUGGAAUGGGCUACGUACAGAAAACGUGCGGGGAUUGUCAAUCUUGCACAUCAGGCUGGGACCAAUAUUGCCAAAGAAAAGACCUUUAUGGCAUGUCUGACCCUGACCGCGGUUGCCUCGGCUUUAAAACUAUCUGGAACGCGAACGCCCUUAUACCCAUUCCAGAUGGGCUACACUCUGGUGAUGCUGCGGCGCUGAUGUGCGGUGGUGCUACUGUCUGGACUGUGCUUAGUCGUUACGGCAUGCAGCCUAGAGAUCGUGUUGGAGUAUUGGGCAUCGGCGGCAUGGGGCAUCUGGCCAUCAAAAUGGCGGCUGCGCUGGGAUAUCAUGUUGUUGCUUUCUCCGGAUCGGAGUCCAAGAAGGCGGACUGCUUAGCCUUUGGGGCUAAAGAAUACUAUCUGACUAACGGCAAAUCAAUGGAAGAUAUGGAGCCACUGAAACACCUUCUCUUGUGCGGUUCCAGCUCGGAAGAUUAUACGUUCAUUCUUUCUCUUCUGGCAGUACAUGGAACAGUCUAUCCAUUGACAGUCUCUCUUCAACCGGCUGCUAUUCGAACCAUCAUGCUGAUCAACAAGGGCCUUCGGAUCCAAGGUUCUUUGGUCGCAUCCCGUGGGGAUCUAGCCAAGAUGCUGCAGUUCUGUGCGGACAAGGGAGUGCGACCUGCCACAAGCAAUUUUAGCCUUACUUCUACAGAGGAGGUCAACCAGGCCAUGGAAAGCCUGCAGCGUAACACGGUUCGCUACAAGGCAUUGCUUGUCGCAGAUGAACAUCCACUGAAGCUCUAA